AUGCCAAUUCGUUUCGGUGUGUCACCAAGGAUUUUGUUACUCUUUCUCACGUUCUUAUCAGGAACAAAAUGGUCAGAAUCAGCUCGAGUAUUCACGAUCGUGAACUCAUGCAACCAAAUAGUCUGGCCGGCGAUAACUCCCGGAGAAAACUUCAACGGCGGAGGAUUCGAGCUCAAACCAGGCCAAUCAAUCGUAUUCAACGCACCAGUAGGCUGGUCAGGUCGAAUAUGGGGACGAACCGGUUGCAAUUUCGACAAAACCGGAACCGGAACAUGCGAAACCGGUUCAUGCGGUUCAACACUAAAAUGCUCAGCCUCCGGAAAACCACCGGCUUCACUCGCUGAAUUCACAUUAGCCGCAUUGGAUUUCUACGAUGUGAGCCUCGUCGACGGAUUCAAUCUUCCCAUGUCGGUGACUCCGAUGAACGGAAAAGGAAACUGUAGUGUCGCCGGCUGCGUCGCCGAUUUAAGGCCACGGUGUCCGCUAGAACUCGCUGUGAAAUCAAAUGGGAAAGUGAUUGCUUGUAGGAGUGCUUGUGAUGUGUUUGAUAGAGAUGAGUAUUGUUGUAGAGGAGUUUUUGGGAAUCCUUCUACGUGUCGACCAACUUAUUAUUCGAACAUAUUUAAGCAAGCUUGUCCUACUUCUUAUAGUUAUGCUUAUGAUGAUCCCACAAGUAUCUUUACUUGUUCCGGCACUGAUUACGUCAUCUCUUUCUGUUCCUCAAGGAAGAAGCCGGUGUGCACGUACCAUGAUAACAAGUUGAUAUGCAGCGAUGGUUCUGGUUCUAGUGGAUUCAAGAUUAUGAUUGGGAGAUUGUGGCUUGUAUUGAUCUUGUCUCUUGUUAUGUUUAGCUAA